AUGGCAUCUGUCCAACUACCCCCAGAAAUGAAAGCCUGGCUCUACUCCAGCACAACCAACGGUCUAGAAAAGAAUCUCAAUUUCGACGCGUCGGCACGCGCGCCACCAGCCGUCCACGGCAACAAUGUCCUAGUCCAAGUCCUCUCAGCCUCCCUGAACCCGGCCGACUACAAAGUCCCUGAAAUGGGACUAGUAGCACGCAGACUCGUGAUCGGCACACCCGCCUCACCGGGAAUGGACUUCUGCGGACGCGUGGUGGUCACCGGCGAAGACGCGACCGAGUUUUCACCCGGCCAGCUCGUGUACGGCUGCCUAAGCAGGCCCAGCCAAUUCGGCUCGCUGGGCGAGUACCUCGUGGCGUCUGCGAGUUUGCUUGCGCCCGUGCCAGAGGGCGUGGAGGUUGAUCACGCGGCGUCAAUUGGUAUUGCGGGGCAGACGGCGUACCAGUCAUUGGCUGGAUACGUCAAUGCCGGCGAUAAGGUGUUCAUUAAUGGAGGCUCUGGGGGAUGUGGUAUUUUCGCCAUUCAAAUUGCUAAGGAGAUGGGGUGUCAUGUUACGACUACUUGCUCGACGAAGAAUGUGGAGUUGUGUCGUGGGCUGGGCGCUGAUGAGGUUAUUGAUUACUCCGUUGAGGAGGAUUUGGUCGCCACGCUGCGCGGGCGUGGGGUUGUCUUUGAUCAUAUUGUUGAUCAUAUCGGAUACCCUGCGCCGAUGUAUCGUGAGUCGCAUCAUUUCUUGGCGGCUGGGAAGACAUUUGUGCAGGUUGGUGCGUCGGGCAUGGGGACUUUCGUUGAUAGAUUGAUUUGGCCUGGUUUCUUGGGUGGUGGAAAGAGGAAGUAUGUCGUCUUCUUCUUCAAAAAUACUCGUGAGGAUCUUGUGAAGAUCGGGGAAUGGGUGCAGAAGGGGGCUGUCAAGAUUCAGCUGGAUACUGCCUACGAGUUUGAAGAUACUGUUAAGGCAUUCGAGAAGCUUCGCUCUGGCCGUGCUAGAGGAAAGAUUAUUGUACAUUCCAACGUCUACCGUUUGUUCAAUAUGCAAUUGCUGUUAUACACUUUUCUGGGUACAUUUGGCAUGGUCCCUAUAGAAAUUCGCCUGAUGAUAUGGGAGUACCUCUUUUCUGCCCUUCGCACACAACCACGGAAGGGCAACCUGCACAAAGAAAACCCCCUGUCGAUUCUUUGUACCAGUCAGUACCUCUAUAACGAGAUUUCGUCCCAUCUAUUCAACAACCCCGUCCAGUGUAUCACACUGAGCCCGGAAUAUAAUGAGAAAGAGUGGAUGGCCAUACGGUUGAAAUCCAGAGCCGUAGAAAUCGAGUGGGCACUUAAGGACAGAGCGGACGCCGAAAAGCAUUUCCAGAGCUUCCCGCAUUCCAAGACGGCUAUGAUAGUGCAUAUCAACCAGCCAGAUCCAACAGACCCGGGCCAAUUAGUGUUACUUUGGCAGAAAAUCAACGCGCUAGCCGAUCUUCUAAUUCCCAUCACUCGGCCGGAUAUAAAGCUGGCCACAAAUGGUCCAUGGCGUUUACCAGACCCACCAGCUUCCUGGGGAUCAGACACGGAUCUGUUUUAUCGGAUGGGGGCUCUACAAGAGUCAGUCCCGUUCGGACCCAAAUACCGUCCUGACUACGACAUUGCCAUGUUACCCUUCCUUCGUCUAGGACUAUGGGUCGAAGAUCCCGCUACAAAUGUACCUGCGAUGUCAGACGAUCAGUUCGGCAUCUUACACCGAUGCCUCUUGUCUUUAUUCCAUCAAACAGGGAUCGAGCAAAGAUUUGGAAAGCUCCUCUCUAUGACCCAAGACACAGCCGUCCGCCAGGUCGAAAACGCACUCAUUGAAACCGACUUGUUCUUAGAAACCAGGCUGGACGAGCUACCGGGCAUAACAGCCCGUUUCCUUCGUCUUGAACGAUACAAAAACUGGUUCAUAGAUGGGGGAAGCUGGGAAUCGCCAUAUCUGACACAACUCGAAAAGCAAUUAUCUACCUGUCCCCGGGUUAUCACGGACAUAGAUCCCUGGCUCGAUCGAUUGAGGGAGAGAUACUUCGUUCUUAUUCUACUCCACCAUGCCAUCUGUUCGCCCAGGCCAAAUUUUUUGUACGGUGGACUUGGGAGAUUUGACGAUUCAAGAAUAUAUACGACAUGGGACUCGAAAUUGUGGCUGGAGAGCUUUCCAAAUGGCGUUCCGCAACUCAGUGAUGUUCAAACCUGCCUUUUGAGGUUCUGGCGGCCGGGUAAAGACCUGUUUGGAAAAUUCCUCGCCUAUGCGGGCUGGUUAGCUCGACGAGCCAGGGAAUUGGGGUUGAGGAAUCCAAAUGUCCAGCUAUACGCCGUGUGA